AUGGAUGUGGAUGAACACCAGAUGAAUUCGUCAUUAACGAUGCGUGCUAUUGGUUCUAAAUACGUUCUCUCAUGUUGUGCUUCAUUUGUUGCUGAAAGUGUAACUUAUCCUUUGGAUGUCAUCAAAACUCGAUUGCAAAUGUUACCGAACCGUAUGGAAAUAACCAAAAGUGAUCUUCAACCUCCUACAAUGUUACGAACCACAUGGCACAUUUUGAAGAGUGAAAACUUUCGUUCUCUAUUCAGUGGACUUACUCCAGCAAUAUAUCGGCAUCUCAUUUACACAGGAUUUCGAAUGGGUAUUUACGAAACUAUGCGAUUCGCAAUUUUUGAUAAGGAAAAACAAAAAAUCUUUCCAAUAUGGCAGUCAGCAAUUUGUGGUUUAGUCUCGGGUGCUGUGGCGCAGUUUUUGGCAUCACCAACUGAUUUAAUCAAAGUACAAAUGCAAGCUAAGAGACUGAGAAAGUCGGACAAUGUUCAGCCUCGGUUUCCGAAUUCAUACCAUGUGUUUGUUGUACUUUACAAAAGUAACGGUUUCACGGGCUUGUGGACUGGUUGGCUUCCAAACACUCAAAGAGCAGCUUUACUGAAUAUGGCUGAUCUUGCAACUUACGAUUUUACGAAGCAUUGGUUGAUAGCGAAAGGUUGCUUGGAUAAUUAUUACACACAUUUUAUUGCCAGUCUUGUUUCGGGCAUGGCUGCUGCAGUUAUAUCUACUCCAGCGGAUGUUGUAAAGACACGAAUAAUGGUACAAUUGCGCAGCAGUGAUGAGAAAUUGACACAUCAAUACAAAGGAUCUUAUGAUUGCCUAAAACGAAUUUGUCGGGAGGAAGGCUUUUUUGCACUGUACAAAGGUUUUGUGCCAUCUUAUGUCCGAUCGGCGCCAUGGUCGUUAGUCUUUUGGAUAACAUACGAACGAAUGCGGCAAAUAUUUGACAUUUCUGGAUUUUGA